UGCCGGCCUUAUGGACUUUGGAUCUUCUUCCUGUUGCACGUUGGCUCUGUUUGCUUGUUUGGACUGUCUCGCCUGGUUUGGACCUGUGCCUGCAUAUGUCAGCUCUGGCUGUUCCCCUGCUUGAACUACUGUGACACAAGAAACUCGAGUCUGUCGAAGGCAAGCGAGUCGUGAGCAAGAAGCCGCUGAGGAGGAACAAAGACAGAAAAACUAAAAGCCAUGGCUGUGAAUAAAUGCAUCAAAUACCUUCUCUUCUUCUUCAACCUUCUUUUCUGGAUUAGUGGUUGCAUCAUCCUGGGCGUCUCCAUCUACUUGAAAGUCAGCAAGGAUGGAAACCAGAUCACGAACGAAUCUCUCCCCGGCAUCGACCUGAUGAUCGCCAUCGGCGUGAUCAUCAUGGUGCUCGGCUUUCUGGGCUGCUGUGGAGCCAUCAAAGAGAACCGCUGCAUGCUGCUGAUGUUCUUCGUCAGCCUCCUCAUCAUCUUCAUCCUCCUGCUGGCGGCAGGCAUCUUGGGAGCCGUGGGUGAGAAGAAGGUGAAGGACUGGGUGAAGGAACGUCUGGGAAAGUUCACCCCGCUGUCAAAGCAACCACAAAGCGUGAGAGACGACCUGGAGAAGCUGCAGCGGGAGCUGAAGUGUUGCGGUCUCGUGAACGGACCCGGAGACUGGGAGAAGAUUCCCGACUCGUGCCGCUGUAACGCCACCGACACCGACUGCAACAACAGCAAAGUUUACUCCACGACCUGCUCCGCCAGGAUCGUCACCUGGAUGGAGAAAAACAUGGAGGUGGUGAUCGGAAUCGCCUUCGCCAUCGCCAUCCUGCUGAUCUUCGGCAUGGUCUUCGCCAUGAUCCUCUACUGUCAGAUCGGCAGGAAGGACUCCGUGUCAACCAACGCCUGAACACCGGCGCUGCCGAUCAGCAGCGUGUGCCUAAAUGAACCCAUGUAACAUGUAACAUGUAUCCUCAGUGCUUCUGUAACUUAACCUGUGCUUUUACUGUGAAGGAAUACGCUGAUGUUUGAAUUUGUGUCUUAAAAGAACACAAAUAAAACAGUUAGUUCUGUCAUUAUAUAUCAAAUCAGAGCGUUCCUUUAACUUUAAAGAAAACGUAA